CAUGCGUAAAGGAAUCAGACCUUUUAUUUUCAAUUUUAAAACUCUUCCUAAUUCAGAAGCCCGUACUACAGGAUACCUCGGAACGACUCUGUAAAAGCAGCAGUUUGUAUGAAUUUACGGGGGAGGCGACCUUCGCCAGAGGUUCACAAACAGUGCUGAGCGGCACACUGAUGCCCUGCAAGGUGUAUCUACAUGCGCCGCGGAUUUCAAAAAUGUAAUUUAUGAUUUAAGAAUAUCUAUGUACUAAAUGGUUGAGCGUUUUGAAAAAUGUAUUGUUCUUAGUUUUGUUGUAUACAAAUAUGAUUAAUAAUACAAGAAAUGUGGAUUUCUCCCAAAUGCAAACAGGGUUUAAUCCACUACAGGGGCCUCCCGCAGCAUCUGCAGCGGCUGCCCAGUUUUAUCCUGUUCCUGCCAGUAGUGCUCAAUAUGGAAUGAUGGCUCCUGGAAUGUUGGCUGGAAAUCCAAUGAUAGCCCAGGGUAUAUACCCUGUCCAGGUAAAAGGAAUUCUUCAAAUGGGAACAUACAUAGCCACACCUAUGGCUAUCCCUACUACGAUGAUGAGCGCUGGCAACAUUCCUCCUCCGCCACCAUACACACCACAAAUGGCUCAGAGUUUCCAUGCUCAACAAGCCAACCAACAGUUUCAUGCAACAAUGGUUCCUGGUAUUGUCCACGGUGUAGUCCCUGGUCAAAUGAUAGCUGGUGUUCCUGUCAAUGCUCACAUUGUUGAAGACCAAAGAAAAGGGAAGCAUUUUCACGAACAACAAAUGAAACUGAAACUAUUUGGUCGAUUAGGCGUGGUAUCUUCUGAUCCCGAUCGCAUGAUUGAGUCCAUGUUUGGUAAAGUUCCAAAAUCAAAACCUAAAGUUCACAUUCCACAAACAUCUCAAACUGUUACAACUACUAAUACGACAACGACAACAGCAAUUGACAGUGAUCCUGAUAGUUUUGGAGACUUUAUGCAAGGACCAAGUUCUGAACAGUCUGAGAAAUCUUGGAUGGGUUCUUUAGGCUUUUCUUCAUCUUCAUCAGAAAAUAAUCCAGCUAAAGCUCCUCCCCCUGCCAAUGAAGAAGAAGAAGAAGAAACCAAAGAUUUAAUGGCGAUGAUGUUACAGUAUUCUGACCUAAAUGUUUCUCAGAAAGCCAAAACAUUCCAGAACAAAAAGACUUUGAGGGAAACAAACCUAACCAAUGUUACAACCUCGAGGAGUGCCUCAUAUACAAGCAGUGAGCGAUCUCGUAAGUGGCAAGACGGCGAUGAAAGUUUGUCAGGCCUCUUUAAAGUAGAAGAUCAGCCACCUGUAACACCAGAUGUUAGUUCCAACAUGCAACCUCAGUGUACAACACCAGAUAGUGGAAGUACAACACCAACAGUUUCUCAGUAUCCAAUGGGACCAUUCCAGACACUUCCUUCAUGGUGUUAUUUGGAUGAUGACCAAAUUCCACACGUCUAUAGACAAGUUUAUGAAGCUUCUUCAGCGAAUGAUUGUAUAAUUACAGACAGACUAUAUCCAAUUCUUCUCUUAAGUGAUCUUCCUCGACAGACUUUGAGAGAGAUUUGGGAAGUAUGUAAUAUGACGACACCAGGGCAACUCAGCAAACAAGAACUCUAUCUUCUGUUAUCUCUUAUUGCGGUAGCACAGAAUAACCAAGGCAUUCCAUCAAUGGAGAUUCUUCAUCAGCUACCUUCUCCACCGGUGCCAUUUUUCAACCAAGCCUCAGCCACUCAAAUAACACCAACACAGCAGAAUGCUGUCACAAGUUUUGGAGCAUCUUCACCACCAUCUUUUGCCACCCAAGAUGCAUCUUUAGCCAGCGGUGGGACAUUGCUACCAAAUUCUUCAUCUACCGUUAGACCACCCACUUCAGUUCCUUUUGAAAAUACCCCGACAUCUUUACUAGAAACCACGUUUGGGUUAAAUGCUUCCACUCAGCUUAGCACAUCUCAGAGUGCUCCUGUUUUUGGAACGUUCUCUAAAGAAGUUACACAGACAGCCCUGACAGAGAAUUUAUAUGGAGAUGAGGAUUUCGCUGAUUUUCAGGUUGCUCCUAAAAUAACGUCAGAUUCUUUGGACCAAUUUAAUAUGUCACCUGUGACUGAUGUAAACCAAGUAAAUUGCAAUUCUAUCACACCUGUAACUAAAGUUGCAUUUGAAGCAUUACCAGAGCUAAGUGCUGAGGAUAAAUAUUCGAAUGUAAGAAAUUUUUUCUGCAGUGAUGAUUCUUCAGGUACCUCAACAAAUAGCUUUGAUGAUGAUUACGAUGACUUCAAGUCUGCUGACAGUAAACCAAGUGAUGACACCAGCCAGUUCAGUACUUCUGAGCAGUCCGAGGGUGAGGACUUUAAAGCCCUCGAUCUUUAUGUUGACGAUUUUAAGAGCCGCCGAAAUAUGCAGCAGGUUCCCUCCCCAAAUUUAUCUUCCACGCGCAGAUCUUUUAAUUUAGGGGAUACCGUAUUUCCAAGCAAUCCCCAAACCCCUCCCAAAAGCCCAAUUCCAACCACUACCCCUUCUGGAGAAAUAGUUCCUCCUUUAUUAAGUAAACCCCCGGGAGCAAAUAAUUUAGCCAGCACUGUAAACGUUGGCUCAUUUGCCAACUUAAGUUCAAUAAAGGCACAGAAAACAGAGGGAUGCACUGAGUUCAAAACGGCAGAUCUUAACGCAGUGGAAGAUGAAUAUUCUGACUUCAAAGCCGCGCCAAUAAUACAUUCUAUGAAGAAGGAGAUUGAAAUGGCCACCAACCAGUUAGACAAAUAUGCAGUCUUCAGGCAAUUAAACUACAUCGAGGACGAUUUGCAAUCCACGUCUCUCUCGAGUGCAUCAUCUACCUUGAACCAGAAGUCUGAUAGCACAUCAGAUGAUAGUAGACAAUCGGGUGACCAGAACACCACUGAGAAUUGGGCAGAUUUUCAAUCAGCUCUACAGCCAGCCGGUCAUGAUCCCCAGUCCAAUAUUCCUCCUCCCUAUGACAUUGCAGUGAAGAACAGUGUUUUGGCAUCAAACGUGAAUCCUGUUGACGAUGAUGAUCCUGGCUGGGCAGAAUUUCAAGUAUCAUCUAAUAGCAGUCUAAAUAACUGGGCGGAUUUCACUCAAAUAACAUCAAAUUCUGGUGAAAAUACUUCUAUUCAUCCACCAAAAGUUGGUUCGUCAACAAAUUCUUUCUCAGAAAAAAAGCAAUCAGUUGAAUCUGAUGGAAGCAAUUUUGAUGUUGAGUCUGGUAAUUCAGCUAACAGCAAUGGAUCUUCUCUUGUGACUAUUGUGAAAGAUAAUUUACAGAGAGGAGAAAUAUUGAGUCUCUUCAAAGUGCGGGAGAACGUGCCUCGAGAAAAUACUAUAAGCCAUGAAGACACAUUAACUAGAAAUGAUGGUGUCGAAGGCGCUAAAAGAAAUGCCUCAAAGAAGGAAAAAGCAAAAGUGAAACUAGACAAUUCAGCUGGUUCUUCUCAAAACUUUCAACAACAACCUUCAGCAAUUUCUGCAUCUAAUGUCAGUCUGAAUCUUUCAUCUGAAAUCGAUUUAUUCCAUGAGCCACCUCCACUUGAUGAUUCCGUUGAAGGAGAAGAUGAGUUUGGUGGUUUCUCUCGUGGUAUUGAUAGUUUUGAUUUCACUGAAAGAACUGGUUUCCCAGCUUCUGUCCCAUGUUCGAACUUACGACCAGGACCCGUACACAUGCCAAAAGGUCGAAAUGUUGAAGCUUACUCAAGUGAAAACCAGUCCACUUGCCAACCUGGUAACUUUGAUUUUGCUGAUGAAGAUAGUCAUUCUUCAAAGGACACUGAUAGUCUGAGCUGGCAGGAUAACAACAAGUUCCAGAAAGAAGAUUCGCAGUCUGUGUCAAGUCUUGAACUCAGUUACAAUUCGGCUGGACGACAAAAUCAAAGAGAUCCUGACAUGGCCGCUGACAGCCAAUCGGUGUCUAGUUCGGAAUUUCCAGCUUUUGAAACUUUACAGAAACAAGAAACAACUCUUGAAUCUAAAUCUCUUGACAGUCUUGAAUUUAGAAACGAUGACCAGGGAUGGGGUGAAAUUUGUGAUAAUAACGGAGAGAAUGUGCCGGAUGAUAAUAAAAAUAGGUGUGUUCAAAACCUUACUGCUGAAACUCCUGUUGGAACAAUGCCAACAUUACCCCAACCUGUGCCUCCUCAAACAGUUGUAAACAAAGAGAACUUAAUAGCAAGGGAUAGAUACAGCAGUGUUAUUCAAGAUGUACAAGGAAGUGAACAUCACUGUCAUGAAUGGACCAAAUGUUUGGAUAAAUGUUACCAGAGAAUUAAAGAAGCUAAUAAUGUAUUCAACUCUAUCAGUACAUCGUGUGUGUGCAAUGAAGUAAUUAAGUCAUGCCAAGGAGCUGACUACAUUAUGGCUAUUAUUGAAAUUUAUCGAGUUGUCUGUAAAAUAACAGUUACAAUGAGAAUGUCAGUGCUAACAAAUGAACGCCUUGAGACAUUACUAAAAGAUAUUGACUUGGCCUGGAACAAUUUAGCAGCUUUUCUCAGUGCCAGUUCUUUAUUGUCGGAAGUGAGUUCCUUUAAUUAUACUUCAGCUGUCCUUAAAACUGAUGACACAGCUUCUCAGCUGAAAGCUUGUGGAGUAUGUCUUCUAAAUGUCGAUGUUUUCGAUCGCAUUUCAAAUGACAAUGAACGAGCUGCAAAACUGACAUACAGUGGUCGCCAGUAUCAUACGACAUGCGCCAAUUUCUGGGUAAACUGUGUAGAUUCCAUGUUGCCAGCACUGAAACUGCCUCAACUAAUCUGAAGUCAACUGAAAACAUUUAGAGGGAACUUUUAUUUAAAUGUAUCUAAUUGAUCUUAAAAGUCAUUAAUUUAUCUCGUAAAUAUUAAAAAAAAAAAAAAAUGCAAAACAAAACAAAAUACAAUUCAUUUACUUUGAAAAGUGUAUUGUAAACAGAUAGGUGACCCUUGAUUCAAUCAGCUGUCUCCAGAGUAGAAGAAAGAAAAAAAAACAUUGUUAUUGAAUUGAAAGAAAAAUAGUCAAGAAGUAUAUAAUAAAUUGAAUUUUUAUUCAGGA